AUGAAGUUUGCUUCAAUUGUCGCGGCUGCUUUUGCUGGCGCUCCAGUGCUGGCUGUACCAGCUGGCUUUGUUACUACCGACGGAACAAAGUUCCAACUUGAUGGAAAGGACUUUUUCUUUGCUGGUAGCAAUGCCUACUACCUCCCCUUCAACGUUUGGGGAACGGAUCACUACGCGGAUGUCAAGCUUGGUCUACAACUUGCAAAGGAUGCUGGUCUCAAAGUCAUGCGCACAUGGGCUUUCCACGACAACAACAGAACUUAUGUAUCCGGCGGUUUGCCCCAGUAUGGCACUGGUGCUGAGAAUACCGUCAUGCAGUUCUUUGAGAAGGAUGGAACAGUCAAGAUUGAUCUGACCAAGCUUGAUGUUGUUAUUAAAGCUGCUGAAGCUACUAACAUGAAGCUCAUUCUGGCUUUGACGAACAAUUGGGCUGAUUAUGGUGGUAUGGAUGUUUAUACUGUUAAUCUCGGUGGUCGCUACCAUGAUGAUUUCUAUCGCCUACCUGCUAUCAAGAAGGCAUUCAAGAACUACAUCUCAGCCGUUGUGAACAGAUACAAGGACUCACCUGCCGUGUUCGCUUGGGAGAUCGCCAACGAACCCCGCUGCGGCGCCGAUGGAACUCGAAACCUUCCCCGUGGACCUGACUGUACCCCUGCCACCAUCACUUCUUGGGUCAGCGAAAUGAGCACAUACAUCAAAUCCCUCGACCCAGACCAUCUCGUCACCACUGGAAGUGAAGGCGGCUUCAACCGACAGUCAGACGACUGGACGUACAACGGCGCUGACGGAACUGACUUCGACGCUGAACUCAAACUUCCCAACAUUGACUUCAACACAUUCCACUCUUACCCUCAGUACUGGAGCAAGACAACUGACUGGGUCGUUCAAUGGAUCAAGGACCACGCCGCCGCCGGUGCCACCGCCAAGAAGCCAGUUCUUCACGAAGAAUACGGCUGGACCGACAAGUCCACUCGCAUCGCUACCCUGAGCAAAUGGCAAAAGGCCUCUCUCGAUCUCCAAGUCAGCGACAUGUACUGGCAAUUCGGCACCAGCAAAUUCUCAUACGGAAAGAAUCACGAUGAUGGAAACACUAUCUAUCUUGAGGAUGAUGAGGCUCAGCCGUUGGUUUAUGAGCAUGCUGCUGCUGUUAACGGAGGAACUGUGCCGACGAAGCCAAGUACAACUACUACAGCUUCUUCUAAGCCGUCUACUACUCUUACGACUACCUCUAAGCCGACUGUUACUGGUGGACCUAGUGUGCCUAGAUAUGGACAGUGUGGUGGCGCUUCGUGGACUGGACCGACAGUGUGUGUUUCGCCGUAUACUUGCAAGGAGCAGAAUCAGUGGUACUCUCAGUGUCUGUAG